CUCGCCAUCUUCCACUAUCUCAUCUCUUUAGUGUAUUGGAACAAUAUCCCCCAAGUCGUGUCUCCUGGUCCCCUCUUCGUCCACAAUAGGCGCAACCCCUCCUUAUAAUGGCCUCUGAAACAGAUAAACUAAAUGUAGACAACAUCAUUCAGAAGUUAUUAGAAGUUCGUGGCUCUAGACCUGGUAAGAACGUACAGCUAACGGAGGCAGACAUUCGUGGGCUUUGUCUCAAAUCCAGGGAGAUCUUUCUCAGCCAACCGAUUCUUUUAGAAUUGGAAGCUCCAUUGAAAAUAUGUGGUGAUAUUCACGGUCAAUAUUAUGACUUGCUUCGUUUAUUUGAAUAUGGAGGUUUCCCUCCAGAAUCCAAUUACCUAUUUUUAGGAGAUUAUGUCGAUCGUGGCAAGCAAUCCCUCGAGACAAUAUGUCUCCUACUUGCGUACAAGAUCAAAUACCCCGAGAACUUCUUUCUACUAAGAGGGAAUCACGAAUGCGCCAGUAUAAACCGGAUAUACGGGUUUUACGAUGAGUGUAAAAGACGGUACAACAUUAGACUAUGGAAGACAUUCACUGAUUGUUUUAACUGUCUACCAGUUGCUGCCAUACUUGAUGAAAAGAUAUUCUGCUGUCAUGGUGGUUUGUCUCCUGAUCUACAGUCCAUGGAACAGAUAAGACGUAUCAUGAGACCCACAGAUGUUCCCGAUCAAGGAUUACUCUGUGAUCUGUUGUGGGCUGAUCCUGAUAAAGAGACAGUUGCUUGGGGAGAGAAUGAUAGAGGUGUCUCCUUCACGUUUGGCCCUGAGAUUGUUUCUAAAUUUCUCUGCAAGCAUGACCUCGACCUAAUCUGCCGAGCUCACCAGGUUGUAGAAGAUGGUUAUGAGUUUUUUGCUAAGCGUCAGUUAGUAACUUUGUUCUCUGCUCCCAAUUAUUGCGGUGAAUUUGACAAUGCAGGGGCAAUGAUGAGCGUUGAUGAGACCUUAAUGUGUUCAUUUCAGAUUCUAAAGCCAGCUUCUGAUCGAAGGAAGUUUUUCCCUUACGGUGGAAGUAGUCAAGGAUCCCGCCCUCAGACUCCGCCCAGAGGAUCCAACGGGAAGAAAGGAAAGAAAUGACGUCCUUAAAAAUGCAAGACCACCUUCCCCUCCUCCUUCUCAUUCGCUCUCUUUCUCUCUCUCACUUUAAACUUUGGUACUUCUCUUAUUAAUAUUGAAAUUAAUAAUAAUAAUAAUCGUUAUUAUUAUUAUUAAGUGUUUUGUUCUAGCGAUGCUUCUCUCCUUAGUUGUAAAAAUGACGAAAUAAUAUAACGUAUUAAUACAGUAAUUAUUAUUAUUAUUAUUAUUAUUAUCAUUAUAGAUUUUAUGCAUUUUUCUCCUUUUCUUUCUCUUAAUUUUUUUUCAUGAAAAGCUCUCUUGCUGACUCUUCUCUCUCUCACUCUCUCUUUAUGCAUAUACAUUAUGUAUUUGUGGUUUUAAUUUUUGUCUAUUUUUCUUGGUUUUUCAAGCAAACUUUCAUUAUGAUAAUAGUA